AUGGGAGCUAUCGAGAGACGAGGCCACUGGUCUGAGUUUGGCUACAGUGACGUUUUCACUUGGCAGUUGGGACAGGAAGUGAGUCCGCCAACAUUGGGUAAAUACACAAUUUUGGACGAUUUGGAGCAACGUGUUACUCUUCGCGUGGAAGACAUCGGAACAGUUUCGAUAGUCGGCAGACCAGAGCGUGGGUCGAUGAUACAAGCUUUCUCGUCUGCCACGAAGCUAGCUUUGGAGAUCGACGGACCAGAUGUCAAAGACUUUAUUAACGCCCUGGGCAGAACUCAUACAGGGAGUGCAUCAUCCACCAUGGAAAUCCUGCAAGAGAAGAACCAAGUCAAUCGUCUGCAGAGGGUUCUGAACAAACUCUACAACAGCCCCGAAGUUCCCACCUGGCCGUUGGAUGGCAAAGAUAACAUCAAAUGGCUCGCAGACGUGCUAUCAUUCUCGAAGCUCAGACCUGGCGAUGAUCAAACUGUGCUGGGUGACAAUGCGGCCAGAUACGGAACCAUCCACUGCAGGCCGGUGUAA